AUGGCGUCCGUGGUGCCACUACCUCUCGAUAUCGACGACUUACCGUCUGAAACACUUACAGAAGUCCCGAAUGUAUUCGCAAACUCUCAAGAGGUCCAACGUUCCAUUAAACGAGCAGGUCAAGCACUUAUUAAUGCUUUUGAUCUCUCGUCCUUUUCGUCAGAAUGUCAAGGUGCAGUUGCUACGAUGGCGGCAUCGGGUCAUGCUCUUGAAUUACGAUUUUCAGAUGAGAUCAAAACUGCUGGUGGACUUACCGUUUUGUCUCAACACUGUACAUUAAGGCACUUGGCUGAUGUUCGUAUAGCAAUAGCUGACUGUGCCACUGCCACGAAAUUUUCGCCGCCUGUUGUCGAGUUACUAUCGCUUUGGUCGGUUGUACAUACAUCUGUGACCGAUGUACUCACUCAAGUCACAUUGCUGUCAGCUCCAAUCUUUAAUAAUGGCUCCGAAAUACUGCAAACUCUUGAACAUGGUGAAGAAAAUGCGAAAGCGAUCGGCAAGUUCUUGGCUACUGCACUCACUUCCUCGGAUCUAUUAGCUUUAACUUCGGAUCACGAAUUAAUUCAUGCUCUUCAUCAUCUUGUCGAAACGGGGCAGCCAAUAGCAGACGAUAUUGUUCUUAAAUAUCAUCAACACAUGGCUAACAUUCGCAAACUUCUAUCCGACCACGACUGGAACAUAUUUCAAUCACAUUGUUUGAAGCCAUUGAAUUUAUCUUUGCUAGCAAUUGAUUCAACAAUAGUUGAACAAGCAAAGGAGGUCACAACUUUAAUCAUAAAGACAUCAAAUGAUGUUUUUGACUCGCCAUACACAAAGUUGAUUGUUACUCAAGGCUUCGCUAGUCUUGACGAAGUUUUCAGUCAAAAUCGAGAUGUUGUCGAUGCAGCAUUGGAAACAAUUCGAAACGGGGGUACCUCAACUUUUGGUGUAGUUGCAACAUGCUUAAGUCGUUCUGGAUUUCCUUCUCUUCUUCGCGUUGAGAUAGUGCGGGAUUUCUUUCAAACCGUCAGUCUUUUCUUUGCUGGACUGUACGUUUCAGUACUCGAUUCCUUUAAUCAAUACCAAUUCGCAAGCAAAAUGAACAGUUUUCUAGACACUUUACAUUCUUUGUACGAUGUCAUGGCAAUUAACUUAGUGGCUUUAAUUGAAAGGACAUCACAAAGCCGAGCGUGGAUAGCUGAAGUAGCUGUUUGGAUUCUACUCGCUGCUAUUACAAUUGUUUACGGAAGUUUUCUGUGGUUUGCAUUCUCUGGUCGUCAUUUGCAUCGUCGAGCGGACGAAGUGCGUCAAGGGCAUGAAGCUUUAACAUGGGCGCUACUCGCUGAGAAGCAAAAGAUGCGAGUCCGAAUCUUUACGAUUAUCAUUACCGCGUGUCUAACAGUCUAUUUACCUUUAACAAGACUUUGUUUUGAUAUUGUCAUUGCAGCAGCGACUACGCAUUCAAAUGAUGACAAGAAUCAAGGAAUAAAUGCUUCAAAACUGCUUCUCUCUCGAUUCCAACAUGAUCCUGCGUGGCCAGUUUUUGUGGUGAUAGCCAUUCUCUUACUCAUAACGUUCACGAUUCCACUUCCAUAUCUACUUAUCCGAGCUAUUGCAGAGAAUCGACCAACGGGAUCUCUUGAAAAUCCACUUGUUACAUAUGAUUUGGACGGAGAAAUGGUUCCGUUCGACGAUAAAGUGUACGCACGUCUUGUAUCUCGUGAUCCAAGUCAACUUCGAUGUCCUUAUCGCUCUUUAUAUGCUGGAUUUGAACAACGCUGGAGCUACUACAAAGUGUUGCAGCUUAUUGUGAAGCUCGCACUUGCUUUUGGAAUUGCACUGACAACAAAUUCAGAUGUUCAAAUCCGUGGUAUCAUAUCGUGUUCGAUCUACUCAACUGUUGUUGUAAUUUCUGGAUAUGGGACCCCAUUUACUGAUCCUUUAAAUAAUGUGAUGGAAAUUAGUGGUAAGGUAACUGCUUUAAUCACUUGUGUGGGUGGAGUUAUCGUGGCUUUUAUUAAAACGGACCAAAAACUACUUCAAUUUAUUACGGUGUUUGUUAGCGUGGUACACAUACUCAACUUAAUUGUUAUGUUGCUUGUUCUUCUUCUUGGGAUGAACGGGUUUCGACUGAUAAUCAAAAAUCUACUUGGGUGGAUAACCUUUAGUGAUCCAUCCCGCGGACUUGAAGAUGUUUCUGCAAAGAGUAUUUUACCUCGCUGGGAUAUUGAUAAACAAGUUAAAUAUCGCGUGUGGCAGGCCUUCUGGCGUUCAUUAUUUCUCACAAUGACGCAAAAUACUACAAUCAAACCUGGUGAAGUUACUGUUGUACAGCGAUUGGAGACAUUGGAACAAGCAGUUGUUGCAUCAGGAAUUCAACGAGUGAGAUUACAUUGGCAUGGAGAUGAAGAUUCGUAUAUUUCGAAGCUUCGUUUGGUAGCACGUGCAGCAUUAGAAGGGGUGGAUGUGUUUUGGGAUGACGCUACUGGAGCUCGAGAUGGAAUUCUGGAUUCCAAGUCAUGUUUUGGAAAAAUGUACGUCCGUCCGUAUCCGUUUCACUGCAUCAUGGUAUACGACGAUUCGAAAGACGAAACUAUCAUUCGAGAUGAAGCAGAUAGUUUUGGACACUCAACGUUGGCGAAGUUUUUAUCGCUCAAUUUUAGUUCUCGAAUUUUAGCGAAACGAGCGUUAAGACAAAAACUUCGCGUGCUUAGUACAAAAGCUACAGCUGUCAACUUUCCAUUCACUAGACAAGAACAAGUAACUGUUGACGAUGGUACUAUAACGAGAACUGAUUCCGAAGGAAAUACGCACACAGAGACCCGUUACUCCACCGUAACUUUUACGUGUAGCUAUACAUGUGGUGUACUUCACGUAACUACAAGAGGUGAUAAUAGCAAGCGAAUAAUGGCUGAAGGGUUUGAUGUCACCAUGUCGUAUCGCGAUGGACGUGGAGAUGCUGUGGCUCCACAUACGAAAAAGGUUCAUCAUCUCGAGAAUCGAGUAGCAAUUAUGGGUAUGGAUCAUAUCGGUCUCACUUAUACAAUGGAAGAAAGUGAGCAACUUCAAAUGAUUUUCGAACAAACGAGAGAUGUUUGGAUUCCGGGUGUCAUUGAAUUACAAAAGCAUUAUCAAGACUAUCGAAACGGAUUAGAUCGUAAACACUCACAAGCGAACUCGACACUGAGCGAUGCGUUCUGGUUUUUUGUCUACAAUAAUCCCCAUAUUUCUCGCCAGGAGCUUCAGAAUCAUUUUACAAACCGCGAAGGAAAUCCUCGCCUUCAAUCACUCGUUAAGACCCACGAAAGCUCGCUUGAUUCGCUUUAUUUGCGAAUGAAAUAUAUCUAUUCUCACCCUGCAGUCACGUUUUGGUUUGUAUUCUGGGAAGAUGUAUACGCUCGGAACGGAAACAUGAAACGAAUUAAAGCGUUCAAAGCAGAUUUUGAUCCUAAUCAAACUACAGCGAUUUGCUAUCAUGUUAUGCAACGUCCUGAUCUCGAAGUUUGGUUGAAGAAGCGGCAUUUACUUGGAAAGCGACGAUUCUUUCAUACGCAUUUACUUGAUCGGCUUUUCAUUGAAAUGGAUAAUCGUCUGGCAAGUGGGGACGUGAAUUCAGUUGAAGGAGACGGACUGCCGGGAGCAGUCGUGGAAAUGGAUGUUCCUUGCGAAGCGGGUGUCAUCUCCGACGCGUCGGUCGGGGUAUACAUAGACUUAGAAGUGGACGUGCUUUCCGGAGUGUCAGUAAAUGGAGGAGGUGCUGUUGGAAUGGACGAUUCAGGAAUAAUUGUCGAUGACAUCGGAGCGGGCGUUAUGAUGGGCGCAUCAGUCAGGGUAUACGUAGACUCAGGAGUGGACGGGCUUCCAGAAGUCGAGGUGGAUAUGGGAGCUGCAGUCGAAGGAAACGUCGAUGGUUCUGAAGUAGGCGUGGCUUCUGUCGAAGGCGACGAGCUGUCAGGAGCAAUCGUCGGAGUGGACGGAGUUGAUGUUUCUUCCUGA